AAUUGUUGUUGCCCCUUAAAAACCCUUUACACCAGAUUGCUUCUAAAAGUAGCAACACCAUGAAGUGCCUACAACUACAACUGGUAUACUUAGGCUUAGUAAUCUUUUUCAUUGGUCCAAUGGUGCUCUGCAUAUAUAGAACUCAACUGGAGAAAAAAUGUGCAAAAUUUAGAUUUCAAAUAAUUUCUUAUAGAAGUGCGACAAAGUGUCUGAAGUGGAAUAACUCCAGCGAGACAUAUGCAAAUGCUGUAAGCUUUUGUGAAGAUAUUGAUACCGGUACUUUAUUGGCCAAUUUCAAGACAGAUGACGAAUUAGCAUUGGCAGAUAGAUACUCCAGACAGUGGCAGUUCUGGGUAGGUUUAACUGACUUGCAGAGGGAAGGAGUUUACAGAUGGACUGAUGAUGGGAGUUACGCAAGAGAUUUGGAUCAAAUCUUUAAAGCUCAGGAAAUGACAAACCUGCUAAACCCUGUCGAUUGCGUGGCGUAUAUGGUUCCUUUUUCCACACACGUAGCUAGACAUUGCUUUGCAAAGUUGCCUUCAUUUUGUGAAGUUAAAAGUGCAAUGUGAAGAGUUCCUGAUAAUCUUUCUGUUUGUGGAUCUAUGUGUGG